GCGGCGCGGCGGCGGUGCCGGCCGUCAGUCGGCGGCCGCUCUCCGCGAGCCCCACGCUGCGCCCGCGAGCCUGCAGCGCGGCUAUUAUGCCGGCGCACCGGGCCCGCAUCCCACGUGCCGCGUGCCCGCCGCGCCCCGCACCACACUAUACAUCACCAACUAUAUCACGCGCGAUUACGCGUCUCACGUCUACCGGAAUGUAAAUAUUUAUGGAUGUCAGUUUCCAGUUGUUUAGAUUGGCUGUGAAUUUUAAGUGAGAGUAAGCCUGGCGGCGGCGACCGGCUGGCGACGCCGCGGAUGUCGCUGCUGGGCAAACCGCUCAGCUACCGCGCCACGCGUCGCGACGCGCGUUACCGCCGCCUACAAUCCAAGUUCUACAAUUUCCUUGAACGGCCGAGGGGCGUUAAGGCCGUCCUGUAUCAUAUGAUUGUGUUCCUGAUGGUAUUCAUGUGCCUGUCGCUGUCCGUGUUCUCCACCAUCGAGGAGUACGAGGCUCGCGCCGGGAUAGUGCUCUUCUACAUGGAAACUGUCGUCGUCAUUUGGUUCGCUAUCGAGUUUGUGUUAAGGUUAUGGUCGUCAGGAUGCCGGUCCCGGUACCAGGGUUCAAUGGGCCGCCUCAAGUUCUUGAGGCGGCCUUUCUGCAUAAUAGAUGUUACGACGAUCCUGGCGUCGCUGGUGGUGCUGGGCAUGGGCUCGUCGGGGCAGGUGUUCGCGGCGUCGGCGCUGCGCGGGCUGCGCUUCUUCCAGAUCCUGCGCAUGGUGCGCAUGGACCGGCGCGGCGGCACCUGGAAGCUGCUAGGCUCCGUCGUCUACGCACAUCGACAGGAACUGAUCACCACUUUGUACAUAGGAUUCCUGGGCCUUAUUUUUGCAUCAUUUUUGGUUUACUUAGCAGAGAAAGACGUCGAGCAUACAAAAUUUAAAAAUUUCGCCGAAGCUUUGUGGUGGGGAGUUAUCACACUGUGCACUGUGGGGUACGGCGACAUGGUGCCCCAGACCUGGCAAGGAAAGUUCAUUGCUUCAUUCUGCGCGCUACUCGGGAUAUCUUUCUUCGCGCUCCCUGCUGGUAUCUUGGGUUCAGGAUUCGCUUUAAAAGUACAACAGCAACAGAGGCAAAAGCAUAUGAUCAGGAGGCGGCAACCGGCAGCGACGCUCAUCCAAGCGCUUUGGCGCUGCUAUGCAGCUGAUGAGCACUCGAUGAGCGUGGCUACCUGGAAGAUACAUCAAAUUCCUCUUCCCAGUCCGCAGACGAGCAGGGUGAUGAGCGCAUCGUUUAAGAACAACGCGUCAUUCGUGUCGCGGCUGCCGACGAUCCGCCGACACAAGAGCACCUCGCUGCACUCCCCCGCGCCGCACUCCAAGCCGGCGCACCGGUAUGACGUCAACGCCAGUGCAGAAAAUCUCGGCGCGACGAACGGGCGCGCGGCGCGCGCGCGGCCCGUCAACCCGGCGCUCAGCGAGGACUCUGUGGCCGAGACGCAGCUCUCCAAGAAAAACUCCGACGACGAGGACGAGGAGCCCCGCUGCGUGAACCUCACGCCGCGCCACAAGUCGGCUAUUCGAUUCAUAAGAAAGCUCAAGUAUUUUGUCGCUCGCAAGAGAUUUAGAGAAGCGUUGAAACCGUACGACGUGAAAGAUGUGAUAGAACAGUACUCUUCAGGGCACGCCGACCUUCUAAACCGCACAAAGAACCUGCAGUACAGAUUAGACCAAAUACUUGGCAAGCAAGGAUCUAAAGCGAAAGACGUCUACGCAUCCAAAAUCAGCCUAGCUUCCAGAGUAGUUAAAAUUGAAAGACAAGUAGAUGAUAUAGAAAGUAAGUUGGAUCAUUUGUUAGAAUUGUAUGAAGAGGACAGAAGGUCCUCGAGAAGAAUAGGUAGUACAUGUCCCGGCGGCGGUGAGGGCGGCGGGGAGGGCGGAGCGAGCGAGAGUACGCUGGCCCUGCGCACGCGCCCCGCGCUGUCCGACAAGCAGUGCUCGGAGCCCAACUCGCCCGUAUCGCGGACCUUCGAGCCGGCGCCCGCGGCGGCCGCGCCCGUACCGCACAAGCGCCCCAUGAACAGGGGCUAUUCUGAUCUAGGAACUAGAUUCAUGAGGAAAAAAGUUAUAGUCAGGACAUCUUCAAAUCGAAAUGGAGGAUCUCCGCGAGAUGACGAGGUAGUUAUCGUAGUGCCGACGGACCGCGAGGACACCCCGCCACGGCUCGUCACCGACAGCUCGGAAGUAUGCGCGAGCUGCUCAGUAGACGUAGAGACUGAAGCGGAGGCGGGGGCCUCCGGCAGCUCGGGGUCGGCGUCGUGGUGCGAGGGCGAGGCGGAGGGCGAGGCCGGAGAAGAGCGCGGCUACGGCUCGGGCGACUCGCUGGCGGAGGACGCCGCGUUGCUUGGCGCAGCGCACGCCGCGAACGCGCCGCACGCGCCGCGGAUCGUGCGCACGCAGCGGCGCGACGUCGCCGUCGACCUUCACCUCUUGCGGCCCGACGUUUGAACUUCCCCCAAACGAUGCAACGGUCCUCUCUCUAGAAUACACUCCCGACUAAUAUCCCGUUUAAUUCGUAUCGUUCACAGAAUGUUUGAUGAUGAUGUUCCACAAUUUAUUAUGUCGCUAAAACUGUCCAAGUGUACACAAAACCUUGUUGACAAUAGGUGCUUAUUUAAGUCAAAUCAGCAAUUAUAUUAUGCUUAUUUGCAUAACCUAGUGUGAUUGAGUAGUAAAUGGUUGAAACAAUCAAAGAGUGACUAUUGAAACAAUAAUCAAUAUAUACAACGAGUAAUUAUUCAGAUUUGUCAUGCAAUAGGUUCAGAGGCGCAAACCGAAAGGGGAUAAAAGGUUGCAAGCCUAUCUAGUAGGUACCGUCGAUGCCUUACGACUCCUUCCUGCAAUAAUCCACUGAUGUUCAUCCAGAUCUGUUUCCUGCCGGUCAAUAAGAACUAUGUGUUUUAUACAUCAGGGUGCUUAGCUAACAUGCCAAUCGUUUACGCCCCGUAGCGAACGAAACGCAACUGUCGCACUAAUAGUAAUAUUGGAGAGUUAUAGAGAGACGAGACACAAAGCGUUUUGUUGUCGUAGCGCAAGCGAUUUCAACCUUGGCUGGGCACCCUGGGGGCCUAGCAAAGAUGACAAUCGUUUGCAAGAACCGAACGGAACGCUAUAACGUUACGUACGUACGUACGUUAUUUACGUAUAUCUUAGAAUUUUGUUUCGUUUUAAGCGAACGAUUAUGUUAUCUUUCCUAGGCUCCAAGUUACGAUACUUGUGUCUUGUAAAUACCUAACUGGAGUACAGUAUCGCUAUGGCCACCAUGGCCUAAGCCUCGUCGAUUGUAGCAUGAACUUAUCAAUUACACUCGUUUCUUCAUUAAAAUGUAAAUAAGAACGAGCACAAGUAGGUAAAAAAUACGCUUAAUUUCUUUGUUUCCUAUUGCUUUUAAAAAUAAUUAAUAAUUAUAUUAAGGUUAAGAGAAUAAGAAGACAUUUUACAGAAUUUUAUCAAUAAGUUGAGUGAAAGCUUAGCUUUUAAAUUUAUUGAAUAUAGUAGUCAUAAGUUGUAAAUAAAUUUAAAAUAAGGCAAAUGGAGUACCAAUACAGUGAAAUUUACUAACGAUCUUACCUACUUCCGAUCGGAAGUACUAAUGAAUAAAUGAUACGGCAAAUUUAAUCAGUUUGUGAAAUGAUUUUUAUUAAUAUACUUAUUAAUAGAACUAGAAGAAGUCAUUGGGAGAGGCAGGCAAUAUUCAGAAUUAAUUUUUAUACCUAAGUAUAUUUUUUGCAUUACCUAUAACCGCAACGCAACGCAAAAUAAUUCCUUAAAAUAGCCAUAUUCUGACAUAUCCCACUCGGUGUCUAAAUAUUGGGAUAUCGGGAAAUACCUAAAGUAAAAUAUCUCCUAAAAACCCACAAAAUCCCAAUAUAUAUCUAUCAUAGAGCCCAUCAAUCGAUGCUCAUCUAUGUGAUUUUUUGUGAUUUAAUCCGUUCAUUGUGAGAAAUAAACUUACGAAUAACUUUAAUUAUGACAAUACUCAGUUCUGAAUUAAUCUAAAUUAUAAUAAUUUAUUGCAUUAUAAAUGCAAGCAUUUCCACCUUGAAUGUGAAUAGUGAACAUCGAAUUAUUAUUAUUUUGUAAUUAAAUAAAAUUGCUUAUGACAAUACAAACUUUCAAAAAUGAAAUCAACCAUCGUACAACAAUAUUCAAACUACAAUAUUUAUUGUACAAUUUUAAAAGUAAAUUUAUUUUUAAAUAAGUACCUUCAACCGGGGUGAAUAGGGAUGUCUGGGGUGAAUAGGGAUAAAACUUAAAAUUGAUUUACCUGAAUAUUUCUUAAAAAAUACCCACACAAAUUGUAUCAUACGAUUAAAAAUAAUAAUAGAUUACGGUAUGUUUAGGAAAUUGUCAGGUAAAUCACAUUUUAAGUUUUGUCCCUAUUCACCCCGGUUGACGGUACUUUUUCCUUGCCUUCGCUACAUAGAUGCCUACUUAGUCUCAAUUUUGGACCCUAGAUAAUGCUUAUUGCAACCUAGGAAUUAAUGUACACGCAAUAGACUGAUGCAACGGUAUCAAUAACUAUAAUAGAACCUAUAUAAAAAAAGCAUUUUGUAAAACUGACUUAUCUACUAACCUACUUACAUAGAACACUAAUUUUGGUAUUAAGCUUGUUGUCAUAGAAAUAGAGACAGAGUGGAUCAAGUAAAAACCUAUUCUCUAAUCUUUAGAGGACCAGCCAGCAUCUCCUUACGAUACUAUACCUACAAUACAAUGCAGAAUUCUUUACCUAUAAUAUUUACACAGCACCAACUUUAACAAUCCUAUUCUUGAACCAAUUUUUAAAAUUUUGGAUGCAUCUUGAUAAAAGCAGGGUAAAAUUUGCCUGUCAUUCAAAAAUAAUUAAAUUAAGAUUUUAACGUUUAUAAUGUAUACUUAAAUAGAACACCCUAGAACCUUAACAAAAUUACCUAUCUUUCUCGACUCACUGCAGCCAAAAUUGUAGAUAGUAGGUUACCUAAUUAUUACCUAAAGAAAACGGACCUAGCCAGUUCUGCAUUAAAAUUUACAAUGGGACCUAUUGUUGCCUCCAAUUAGACUUUACAAUUACCUAUCUUUUUAUUGUGUAAAGUAUAGUUCCAAAUUGCCAUGUUAAUAUAGAUACCUACCUACUACUGUUUGCGACAAGUCAGGCACUUAUGAACAUUAAAGUAUUUUAUAAAUCUUUGAUUUACUUUACUAGGUAUAUCAAACUUUGUUUAAUCGAAUGGCCAUAGGUAGCCGAGUACCAAACGAUACUCAAAUAUGAAAUUUGCUUGACUUGCACAAAUAUGCGCGACCGGAAUGUCCUGCCUGAGAUUAACAUUACUUGUUGCAGCAUUAAUUUGAUUAAGGCCCAGUAGUUUCAUUUCCUUCUCGCACUCUCACUGAGCGUAAGCGCGAGCGAGACGGAUGUGCGUGUUCGAGACCGCGAAUAUCAUGUUUUAGAUUUAUAUUUUUUGUGUGUUUUAAUAAUAAAAAAGUAAUCGCUGAGAUCAAGCAUAAUAUUGCUCAUUUUUAGAAAUAUUUUUCAUAUUUUUAGUUGUGGUGCAAAAUUUUUAAUAUUUUUUAAGUGCAUUUUAGACCUAUAUUCGUGAUUUCUUUAUAUCCAAAGCCUCAGAAUUCGAAUCGCUAAAAUACCUAGGGUAGGGCCUAAAGAUUCCUAAUUAAAUUAGGAUUUGGCAACUGAAUUGUCAUCUAAUAAAGCGCUACGACUUUUCAAACACUCCAUUAUCUGAGCCUACUGCGCCUUAAUCAUGUCUAUUUAUAAUUGAAUUGAGAAGAAGAAGUAAGAAUCAUGAAGAUUAAGGCACAGAAGAAGAAGCAUAAAAAGUUGAAGCGUUUCUGUAAACUGUACACACCAUGAUCUGUGACACAACUUACAUGAAAUGGGGACUUAACUUAAGUUUUUAUCUAUUCGCAUAUUUAGUCAGUGCUUGUAGUGCCUACUGCAAAUAAGUACUUAGUAUGUACGGGAACCACGGUGGAAAUAAAUAUUUGUAUAUUAAUAGGGCAACUUGAGUCCAGUAGGUAUACAAAUACAUAUAAAUAUGCAAUGCAAUAAUGUCUUAGUAAUAAAAGGGAACAUCACUGUGAACAGGAUUUGAGCCCGGUCCAAUAUUGCUAGAUUGUACAAGUAUCUAACGGCUCCUCUUCACGUUGGGCCAACGCCAACGCCAACGAUGGGACGCAGCCAUGCGGUAGAAUGAGAUAGCAAUAUCACUUGCUCCCUCUAACGCAUAAAUGCGUCCCUCGUUGGCGUUGGCGUUGGCCCAACGUGAAAAGGGCCAUAAUAUGCGCGUUAUAAAUAAACAUGCUUAACAUAAGUUUAUAGACUGAUUUGCUCUCAUUGUUUUAUUUGUAAAGUAAGUAACUAACUAGAUUCCAUUAUAAAGCACCAAUUUAGUAAGUAAGCAAUCAUUGUAUUUAAGGGGUUCCUGGGUCUCUUAAAUUGAUGACUGACUACGAUAAUUAAAAACGUUACUACCGGUGUCCAGUUAUUUUAAGUAAUAAUAGUUUUUUAAAUGAAGUGCUAGAGAAACUACCAACUUUAUGUGACGAAUAAUUUUAUAGAAACAAUUGUACAUAAUUUCCUAUAAGUACCUGUAAACAUUUUUAAUUUUGUCGUAAACAGUAGAUGUUACAAAAUAAUAAAAAAUAUUAAUAAAAACAUCAAUACCUACGUCACUUUAGUCAUUGCAAUAAUUAAUUUGAAACUUUUGUUUAUACAUACAUAGACUAUACGUCUUUUAGUAGCUUCUUUAUUUAAACCUACACCCCACACCCCUGUAAUGGACGUGGUACCAAUAAUGAAAGUAAACCACAAAUCCCGUCAAAUAAGUAUUAUAGUAAAAGAGUUUUAAAAGAAAUUUGGCGCCAUACUGUCCAUGACUGGAGAAAGAUAUCCUAGUUUUUAUUUGUUAACAUAACAAAAAAUACAUUGCGUCUUAGAAUAAACUUUGAAGUGUAAUAAAAAUCAAAACAUAAGUUAUUUUUAAAACGCUGCACGAAUGUUGGUCAGUUUGAGGACUACAGCUUACCUACAGUUUAAUUAAUGCUCCUGUUAUAGUGGCUGUAAGUUAAGAACUCAAAUUUGACAGUGGAGAUUAAAAUAUUCUUGGUACCUAUUAUUUGGUUUUUACAUACUCCGGACUUAAUUUUUACGUCCAACGUUGCCCGGUUUAGUUAAUCUAUCUCAGAUUGUAUCUAACAUAAAUUGAUCACGGCAUUGACAUCACAUUUUUUGGUCGAUUAAAACCUCCCCCGAAUUAUCUUAUUGAAAGCCUGUAGUUAGUGCAAUUUUGUUACCCACACUAUGUACCUAAGCAUUUCAUCAAAAUAUCAUUUACCUACAAACGUUAACGUUCUACAAAUGUUACAGUACCUACUUAUUAUUACUCAUAAGCAACCUUUGAAACGGAUAAUUCGAAAGUCGAUAGAAGAAAGAAUUGUAUUUACUUAAGUUUUAAAUUGUAUGUAAGUUCCCUAAACCUGGGGGCAAGCUCAAGAAAUAUUCAGGAUUUCCCACAGCUGCCUAAAUGUUUAUUUCUAAUAAGACUUCAUGAGAAUCAUAUAAUUGUAAAAGCAGUCUCAAUCAGUUAUAAUAAGUAGGUACUACCUGUGAACAAACUAAGUACUGAAAUUAAAAAUAAUGACAUGACCUUUAAUCCUUAACUCAGCCUGUUUGACCAACUAACUGUACGUAUGUAUUAGAAAUAGAAACUGCCUCGAAAAUAACAAGUCUUUUUUUAA